CUGUUGGAUUGUUUGGGACCGCGCGCCUUUCAGUGUUGGCGGGUAGACACAACACUGCCUGCUGCUGAGCUGACAACAAGGAUAACUUUACUCUACUUAUAAUCAAGAAUAUGUCGAACUGGACCAGAGGCAAACGACGUGAAACUCGCGAAAACGAACAUGAGAAUGGGAGCUCUGGUCCGUCCCGGUGGUCUCACUGCAGGAAACGAGGGGUCGACGGAAGCCUGCGGGCCAACAGAGAGGAGGACGCUGGUCGAGAAAAGGGUGGGCACUCCGACAGCAGAAAUGCUAGUUUCACCACUCCAGAGGGCACAGGCCCGGUGUCUCGCUGCGGCAGAAAGGCUGACUGGGGCACCCAGGUGGAGAAUGAUGAAAUGAAGAGAGACGUACACAGAGACAUGCAGCGUUACAGGAGGAGGAUACUGGGUGCAGAGGUCACCCAAAGAGAGAGGAAGAUCUCCUCUGGCUCAUCGGGGAGCUGUGACUCAAAAGAGGGAGAACACAUUGAAACUGAUGAGGCAGUGUUGCUAAGGCGACAGAAACAGAUAAACUAUGGAAAGAAUACACUGGCCUAUGAUCGGUACAUCAAAGAAGUUCCAAAACAUAUUCGUCAGCCGGGUGUUCACCCCAAGACUCCAAAUAAGUUCAGGAAGUACAGCCGUCGCUCCUGGGACCAGCAGAUCAAACUGUGGAAGGUCAAACUGCACGCCUGGGACCCCCCAACAGAGGAGGGUCAAGACAAAGUCCUUGAUGACAUUGAGGAGCUGGGAAUCGAUGAUGUCAUGGACAUUGAGCUGGACUUCCCAGACUUCCAGAAUGUCCCAGCCUCUCUUACCACACACAGCUGUUCACUGGAGGGUGAAGACGACUGUUCGGGUACUCCAGUUAAAAUACAGAAGACUGAAACCACAGUGCAGCCGGACUUGGCGUAGUUCAUUGUGGAAAUGAAAUCAAACAUGUUGACACACCUCCCAAAUGUUCAUCCAUCUCUUCCCUGACACUUCUCGCAGCCCACCAUGUCCCCACAAUGACUGUUCCAGGUUCAAUCUGCUCCCUCUGUGUCUCAGUUGGCAUAGGUUCAACACUGUAAUUUAUAUUUACGACCCAUGUGUAAUGUCUUUAUUCACAAUCAUAAAUAUUCAAUAGGCUUCCUUUUUUUCCAGUGCUUCUUAAUCCAAAGGUUUGGACCUUUUACAGAUUCCUAGCCUGCUCAGGGAGUCUUCUUUUAUGGCAAGGUUUUACAGCUGCAUGUUUAACUCUGGCCACUUCAAAUAGUUUAGGAUUUGGUGUUCACAAAAGAAAACGUAGCACUGAUCCUUGCUGAUAGUAAUGCAGGAAUACAUAGAUACUGACUCAACUCAAAAGUUUCUUUCAAUUGUUUAAAUGCGUGGGGCAAACCAAAGUAUUUUUAAUGAUUCAUAUUGACAAUAACUUUCCCAAGGAUGUACAUUUUAAACACCGAAGAGCUUUACUUCAGUUAUAUUGGGUUGUGAUCUGUUUUUGUACUAGUUGUUUUUAUUGCAAAUGUUUUGGGUUUUUUCUGGUUCCUUUAUGGUUUUUCAAAUAAAAAAAAGAACAAUGUUG